GGUGGCGGUAGUGCGCAUAGUGCGUCUCAUACGUCAUUCCGUCAACCCAAACGAAGAAGACGGAAGCGGGAAGUCACGUCAGAUGUUGUCAUGGCGUCUCACAUGUAAAUCACCGGGCUGCAGAGACUGAAGAAAACAAAACAACUUAUUGAGAGAUCUGAAGGUUAAAGGAAUCAAACUGUCUCGCUGACUCCCAGGACCAAAACAUGAGCACUCAAUACAGCAUUCUUUUCAAGCAAGAACACGCUCACGACGAUGCUAUCUGGACAGCAGCGUGGGGGAAAAGUGAGGCGGACGGGACAGAAACUAUUGUGACUGGUUCACUAGAUGAUAUGGUGAAAGUCUGGAAAUGGUCAGACGAGAAGCUGGAGCUGCAGUGGACUCUGGAGGGACACCAGCUGGGCGUGGUGUCAGUAGACAUCAGUCACAAUGGAGCCAUCGCUGCCUCUAGCUCUCUCGACGCUCACAUCCGUCUGUGGGACCUGGAGUCAGGAAAACAGAUCAAGUCCAUGGACGCCGGACCAGUCGAUGCGUGGUCGGUCGCCUUCUCCCCAGACUCCAAGUACAUUGCCACAGGAAGCCAUCUCGGCAAGGUCAACAUCUUCGGUGUGGAAAGCGGCAAGAAGGAAUAUUCUCUGGACACUCGAGGAAAAUUCAUCCUGAGUAUCGCUUACAGCCCUGAUGGAAAAUAUUUGGCCAGCGGAGCUAUUGAUGGAAUCAUCAACAUCUUUGACAUCGCCACUGGAAAGCUGCUCCACACACUGGAAGGUCACGCCAUGCCCAUCAGAUCUCUCACUUUCUCCCCCGACUCUCAGCUCCUGGUCACGGCCUCUGACGACGGCUACAUCAAAAUAUAUGACGUGCAACAUGCCAACCUGGCCGGCACACUGAGUGGACACGGAUCCUGGGUUCUUAACGUUGCCUUCUCCCCAGAUGACACACACUUUGUCUCGAGCUCGUCCGACAAGAGCGUGAAGGUCUGGGAUGCGUCCUCCAGAGCAUGCAUCAACACUUUCUUUGACCAUCAAGACCAGGUGUGGAGUGUAAAGUACAACAGCACCGGCUCAAAGAUCAUCUCCGCUGGUGACGACCGCGCCAUCCACAUCUACGACUGUCCCAUGUGAUGGAUGACGUCUGCUACGAGCUACAAGCUGUUAACUGAGAUCAUGCAUUUGAAGUUGGUGUUUGGGUGGAGGCAGGAGGAGAGCUGUACAUUUAAAGGUUUUUUUUUCUUUUUGCACUUACCAAUUGCGGUCAAAUAAAAGGGUUGCUUUUGUACUUUG